AUGCAGCCCCCCAUUCGAGCGUACAUUGAUCUAGACGAUAUGCUGUCGGUGGAAGGCAUCGGCAAGCAGCUGGUGUGGAAACAUUUGAGGGGUGUGGACGUUGGUGAGCAAAAUGGAAACCACUUUCCAGUCACCCUCACGUACACCCUAGCCGACGGCAAGGAGCAUGUGGAGCACUGGUUUGCACAGUCCGAAAGGGUCUACCACUCUCCAUACGCAUUAAACUAUUGUCGAUCUCCAAAAUUCACCAAGAUCGAGGGGCGCGACACCAUGGAGGUGAGCGCUGUGGAGAGCGAUGGGACGGUGGAAGUCUAUUUCCACGACGACCCAAAGGGGGCAGUUUGGUACGAGGGCCUCAUCUCUUGGGCUCCUGAAAAUGAGUGUACUCAGGGCUGGCCGGAACCCACCCGAGACGUUUUUGUCUGA